AUGCCCAACACGGGAAAGCCGAGCAAGGACUGCCAUCUCUGCAGGUCGCGCCGUGUCAAGUGCGAUCUUGGCAGACCAUCUUGUCAGAGAUGCAUCAAAUAUGGAGCUGAGUGUCCUGGCUAUCGGGAUGAGCAUGAGCUUGUAUUUCGCAAUGCCAAUCCAACCACUAUCAAGAAACGUAAGAAGAGGACACAGCAGCAGGCAAGCCGUGAGGUUUCUGUCAUAUCUUUUUCCGACUCGUCUUCUUCAAGCGGAGACUCUGCUACUCCCGGAACUCUCUUGGACGAAAACUUUGGAUUAAGCCCUGUUUCUUCAACCUCGACUGACCUUGUUUCCACUGCGGGCUCUGACACAACUCUCAUCCUUCCCCAAUCCAUGAACGAGCAUUGGACCUCUCAGUCUAUCCCCAUCCUUCUCAACGUCUACUCCACUCUAGAGUUUCUCCACGACACAUAUAGGAAAAAUGAUCUCAACGGGCCGCUUGUUUGGGCUGCCCAUCUCUUCUCCCGUACCUAUGUCACUAAUCUACGAUACCCCACUGCCAUCGACAAUGGAUCUAUUACCGAGACUGAAAAGGAGCUGGGCACAUAUCUCGGUAAAACUUUGAGCUCUGUUGGAGAGGCACUGAAGUCACCUGGUGGCGCUCUCCGAGAUGAUGUCCUUGCAACAGUAUGGAUUCUAACAAAUUACGAGCUUCUCAUGGGCUCCAUCAACCGCAUAGAGCCAAUGAGUCCGUGGCACCUCCACACACGGGGUCUAUACAGUAUUCUCAAAGCGAGAGGCACCGCCUACUUCAAGAAGGAAAAUGGUCGAGCUGGCUUUUGGCCAGCAUACAACAUGGUGCAAGUGCAAUGCCUCUUGACAAGCACCGAGUGCCCUCCGGAGUCUGAGGAAUGGUUUUCUGCAGUCAGGGAGACUCUACAUCCACAAGAGGGCUGGGCGCUCGAGGUGUCCUCCUACAUCACCAAGAUCGCCCACGUGCAAUGCCGCAUGUUGAAGAUCCUUCGGGCCCGAGACUUUGAUGCUGCCUCGGCUGAAUACUACGACUUGAUCGGCAUCUUGUUCCAAGCCGAGGACAACCUGAAAGCAUUUGAAACAUUCAACAUUCGUGUGGACCACGAGUCUGACCCGUACAUGCGCAACAUGCUCAACUCGGCCCGGGUCAAAGGCUAUCAAGUCGUCUUAUCUUUUGCCAACUUUUUAACCCACCACAUCGCCUCUCCAAUUCCGCUUGACGUCCUCAAAUCCAUCCGCGCACACUGCAUCCGGCUGGUGCGUGGAUCAGCACAAGAUAUUAUGGAUGCAGUGUCCCGGAACUUGGACGCAGGGGCAUUCCGGAAUAAUCCAUCUCCAAGGACUCUGUUUGAUGCCUUGAAACUGAUAUGGCCUCUCACGGCAGUGUACCUCGUAUCUUCGACUCUUCCAGAGCAGCGAGAAAGCGCAGAGAAGACACUACGGUUCAUAGGCAGGGAGCUUGGAGUUCGGCAGGCCCUCAGGGUGAACCGAGGAGCAUCAGUGUUGCCCCCUGAGGCAGAAGCACCGUUGGAGUUGGUUGAGGACGAAACCUUUGACCCAUUGCCAAAAAGUGCUGGGUUGAUGUGA